AUGACGGAAGCGUAUGCGAAGAUCACCAUAACUUGCAUGUUUGGUGCACUCGUGGUCGUUUUCUCGGUGUUCCUGGUAAUGUUAUACAAGCAAAAUCAAGACGCCAAAGAACGGCAAAGGCGGCAACAAAGUAUACGUGAAUAUCCACCGGCCGAGCCUUUUGCGCCAUCGGUGCGGUUGCCGGUGGUUGUUGACGCGGCGGUGGUUUUCACUUCCCACGAGGAGGCUCAGCGUCAAGUUGAGGCAGGCGUCGCGCCGAUCACGCGCGUGCAAAGCGAGGUGCGAGGGGCUACGGCU